ACUUACGAACAUACUUAUUCAGGUGUAAGGUUUUUGACUAAUUCGUUUGAUGCAUCUCAAGUCCAUGUGAACCCAUUAUUCGAUGAAGUUGAUGUUUUCAGACAAGCGUAAUAUUAUCUAUCAUAAUAAAUUGUUCUUUUAUUAUGAUAACGCAUAAUUAGUGAGUUUUAAUUGAAUCAUAAGUGUUUAUGAAAUCGUGUGUUAAACAGGCUGCCCGAUUAUGGCCUCUCUCUCAUAUGUCGUCAGACACAACCAAGGUGGGGGAUGGUUGCUGUUCAAGCUGAAAAUGCAGAAGAUUUUCCUAGGAGAACUAUUGAAGAGUUGAAGAAUUCUGUUGAUGUAUGUAAAGCUUAUGUUAACUUUAUGGAUUUAUUCUAACUAAUCAAUAAAAAUAAUCUAUCUAUAGAUUGGAAAGGCAAGGAUUCAUUGCACUGUCUACGCCAUUGACACAGACUGGGCUUGGUACUAUAUUAGUUGUCAUUCUUGCAAUAAGAAAGUUGAAAAAGUAAACGAUGGGGAUAAUGGGUUGAUUAACAAAGAAUCAAAACGGAGGUUUUGGUGUUACAAAUGUGAUACUGUCGUCACUAAUAUUGUACCAAGGUACUGGAAAUUAUAGAUUCAAACUAUUUCAAAUCUAUAUUUAUUACUUUACAAUCAAAUCCCCAUUUAUAAUUAUUACUUUAUAUUAAUCUUUUGGGUUCAUGCUCUAUGCUAAUGUCAUGGACGCUACUGGUGAGACAAAAUUAUUGUUGUUUGAUUCUAUUUGCUCUGAGAUUAUUGGGCAGUCUGCCCAAUCAGUUCUUGGUGGCUCAGUUGAUGAGAUUAUAGAUCCAGAAAAUUUGCCUGAUCCAGUGAAAAGUCUUAUUGGAAAGACUUAUCUCUUUCUGGUAAAUGUUGAGAAAGCAAAUAUAUUUGAUGGUAAAGACUACUAUAAGGUGUCCAAAGUCCUCUUGAAAGAUGGCCUACUCGACGAACAACUGUUGGAGCAUUCAUCUGACACACUAAAUGCAACAUCUAAUGUAUCUUGUGACCAGGGACCUCUCAUGUUAGAAUGUAGCCCAAAUACUAACUCUACUACUCCAUCCUCCAAGCGUAUUUACCCUGCUAAUGGAGAGACUUCUGAUCAAAACUCAACUUCUAAAAAGUUGUGUAUUGAACCAAUAGAUUUAGAAAAGUCUAAUCCGGAAUUUGGAGUUGAAAGAGUUCAAGAAAAGGCUCAAAGAACAAUCAAUAACGAUGGGGUUGGAAAACAAAAGGGUGUCUACCAAGGUGGUGUUGUGACCAACAGUAUGGAUGAGAGAAAAGAAAAGACGGUCGGAGUUAAGAUCAAGGUUGAAAAGAAGGAAUGAUUUGUUUGUUUUUUAUUGAACUUUUGCUUUUAUUUUUCUUCCCCGUUGCUCAUGAUACAACUUCCAUAAUUUGUUUUCCUUUGCUUUCGUGACAUUUUUUCUAUCAAAUAAUAGCUGUUUCCCAGCUACUAUCUGAAA